UAUAAAAAUUUAUUUAAAAUGAAUAAUCCACCAAAGAAAAUUUUAAUCGGUGAAGGAAACAAUGCUACAACUAGUAAUAUUGUUAGAGAACAACAAGUGAAUCAAACAGGUCUCUUAUUAGUAAAUAAACUUGGAAGCCUUGAACUACACGAAUUUCUGGGUGAUCAACAUUCAAGUGCAGUACAACGCCUUAUAGUUGCUACUAUUGUUAUUGUUUUAAUCUCUGCUAUGCUUGUAGCAACGGUCAUUCUCUUUCGUUGUUAUAUGCUUUACUGUCAAGAUCACUUAAAUAUUCGUCAUUAUCAAAGACCCCCAAUCGAAGAGGAAUUAAAGGGGGAAGAGUCUAAAUGUGGUGGUAAUUUGUCCUUAUUAAAUUUAAAAAAUGAAAAAGAAGAAAAAGGGUUGUUUAACCCUAUAAAGAAGACAACAACCACCUUUGAAAAUUUAGAAAAAAAUUUGUUAAAAAAUGAAAAUGGAGGAGUUAAACGUUAUUAUAAUAACAAUAAUAAUAAAUGUAUUUCAAGUAAAUAUUCUUUUAAAAAUAUUUUUGAUGAUGAUUAA